UAUUAUAAAUUAUAUUAUAAAUUUUGGAAACUUUUCUAUUCAAAGAAUAAACUCCAUAUGUUUAAGAUUCCGAUUGCGACUAAGGAUGAUAUAAAUGAAUCCGCUAAACUGCAAAGGCGUUUACAAUUUGAGGAUGAACGGAAAAACAGGAUAUUCAAUGCUAAACAGAGACUCUUCGGCUUGGAUUUGGGCGCACUGGAACGACAAAUUGCCGAAAAAAACAAGCAAAGGCAGGUUGAAGCUGAAUGUGAACGGCGUUACGAAGACCAGACCCAGCGCCAGCAACUCGCAAUUUAUGCAAAGUCUCUAGAAAUGGAUAAACGAAAGCGUGUUGCCGAAGCAGAUCUCAAUUAUUAUCGCUGUCGUUUUCAGCGUAAAGAUCAGCGCCGUGAAUUUGAUUUAAACGAUCCAAAUAGGAUAAAAAGAGCUUUACCGGCACGCGUGGCCGACGACGAUGUACGUCUUGGAAUUUCUAGUGCACAAAUUUUCUCAGGUGAAGAUCUGGGCCAUAGUGAACGAAAAUUGCGCCAGCGGGCUCAGCAACGUGCAUGGUUAGAUCAACAAGUUCAAGAACGAAAGCAAGCUGAAGAGGAUCGUAUCAAGGCCGAUUUAAUAAUGCAGGAAUCAAUUGCUUCUCGGGAUAAACGUCUUGAGGAUAUGGCAAAUUCAGAGCGGAAAAUACGUAACCAAAUGACAGCAGCUAUUUAUGAUUAUAACACGCAAUUAGCAAAAUCUAAAAGAUUCGAUCGUAUUCGUGAAAAAAAAGAAAACAACGAAGACGAUUUAGCUGAAAUCUAUAAUAUGCUCACUAGUGAUAUGCUUACUGAAAAUCCGGAUGCAGCACAGUCAAGGACAAAUCCAACAAAAAAAAUUGCCUUUAUGUACCGAGGUAUGUCUGCUGAUGAACUCGCUAAAUUCCAUGAGGAACAGUUACAACAAAAAAUUACCAACAAGAAAAAGCAAACUGAUCAACAGCUUAUGGACAAACAGUGGGAACAGUACGCUCUAAAUAUGGAUCGAGAAUUGAUGUUAAAGCAGUUGGAGUUGGAAAGAAAUCAAAAACAAUUACUGGACGAUCACAUACGUUACAAUGCGCGUCUUGCAGUGGAGCAAAAAAAGCAAAACGAGAUGUCGAAUAAGGAUUUAAACAAAAAUUAUGUAUCUAAAGAGUUUUAUGACCAGUUCAACAAAACUUCACGUUGA